GAAUUUCAAAUUCAAACAUUUGACACUCUUAUAUCCCCACUCACUCUUUCUCUCUCCUCAAUCCACCAUUCUUGUCUCAUUCUCUUUCCAACACCAAAACAACGUUAAAUUAAACUCUUCAAAUAAAACAUCGUUUUCCACAAAAUGGGUGCUUCUACAAACUGGCUUAAAUCCUUCAUUAAUCUUAAAAAAUCCAACCCAAAUAAUGAUCAUGAGAAAGUGGGGUCAGGGAAGAGUCGUAAAAGAUGGAGACUUUGGAAGAAUUCAUCAGAUAAAGGAGGUGGGAAAUCUGAACUGUCUGAUCAAACAUCAAUAGUUAAUGGAAAUGCAAGAAUUAAUGCUGCCAUGGCUGCUGUUUUACGAGCUCCUUCAAAGGAUUUUUUGUUGGUUCGUCAGGAAUGGGCUGCAAUUCGUAUACAAACUGCAUUUCGCGCUUUUUUGGCUAAACGGGCUUUGAGGGCGUUGAAGUCACUCGUGAAGCUCCAAGCAAUAGUUCGAGGCAGAUUAGUAAGAAAGCAAGCUGCAGUAACAUUAAGGUGUAUGCAGGCGCUUGUUAGAGCCCAAGCUCAUGUCAAGGCACAACGGGUGAGGAUGACAUUGGAAGGACGGGAUGGAUUGAGAUUGGUCGACGAUCUUCAAGCUGAUCCUGUUAAGGAAGCAGAGGAAGGAUGGUGCGAUAGUAGAGGAAGCGCAGAGGAAAUCAAGACAAAGCUGCAGUCAAGGCAAGAAGCAGCUCUCAAAAGGGAGAGAGCAAUUUCAUAUGCGGCCACUCAACAGCAAUUUAGAGGCAGCCCGAAUUUGUACUCUGAGAAGAACAAACAGUUUACCAGUCCUAACCUUGAUAAGAACAGCUUUGGUUGGAAUUGGUUGGAUCGUUGGAUGGCUAGUAAACCAUGGGAAAGUAGGUUGAUGGAGGAAGUUCGUGGUGACCGUCCAAUUAUGUCACCACUCUCUAAGAUUUCCUCGAAAAAGAACAAAUUAAAAGUCGAGUGUUCCAGUGUUUCUGAGAACAGUUCAGAAAAAGGAAGAAACGAAUCAGCAGUGAGGAUUGUCAGAAGGCCUAAUUUCAUGGGACACAUUGCUCGAACUUCUUCUGAGCCAAGUUCUAAGCUUCUGAUUGAAGAUACCUCAACUUCUACCUCGUCUAUGUCAGCUUCUCGGACUUAUAUGUCGUCUAGUAGCACGUGUAGAACAGACGAAAGUGGUAGCAGCAAACCAAGAUACAUGAACCUUACAGCAUCAAACAAGGCUAAACAGCAAAGUUUUCAGAGGCGGCCACUGCAGGAAAUUCAGAACCAUCAUAUGUCAUGGACAAAAACAAGAUUUAGUGGGGAUGCUCGGAGUAGUGUUGACUCAGUAGCAGUCCCUCAUUCACUUCCUUUAUGUGGAGAUCUUUACCCACCUUUCCAAAUGGACAGAUUUGAUUGGAGGAGUUAUCAUUGAAGAUGAUAUAUUAACUACAGUUUUUGUUUUUUUGCUCUUCUGAUUCCAUUGAAGAGUUCAACAACUUGUUGUUCUUCAUGAUAUAGCAAAGAAAGAAAGAAAGAAUUGAUGGUGAAUAUGCAAAGGUUUAUGCAAAUAUAUGGUGGAUUAAUAUCAUACAGUGGGAGAAGCUUGGUGUGACAUUAUACUUUGUGGUAAUUUGUAAGUGUGUGACUUUCAUGUUUUUGAUGUGAGGGCUAAAAGCCAUGUGGUUGUGAAAUUGUAACUUGACUUCCUCGUAUCUAAUUUAAACUCGUAUAAUUUUUUAAUAUAAGAUAAUCAUAUAAUAGUAUUUGUUAAA